CCAGACGUUCAACUCCAACUUUUCUCCCUACUGUCGGCCCAUCUCGACCCAGAGCAUCACCAGCACUGACUCAGGAGACAGCGAAGAAAAUUACGUGGCCAUGCAAAACCCAGUCUCUGCCUCUCCCAUUGCAAGUGGCACAAACAGCCCAGCCACCAAAAAAAGCUCAGGAAAUGUCGACUACCUGGCCCUGGACUUCCAGCCGAACUCACCUGGUCCACACCGGAAGCCCUCCACCUCGUCCGUCGCCUCGGAUGAGAAAGUCGAUUACGUCCAAGUUGACAAAGAGAAGACCCAGGCUUUACAGAGCACCAUGCAGGAAUGGACCGACGUCCGGCAGUCUUCGGAGCCCACCAAGGCGGCUAAGCCAUAACAGAAAGAAGAGAACAGACAAAGCGCCUUCUGGAAGAGAAACUCUGUCCCACUAAGGUGACCCUUCCUGCUAGGGUUCCACAAGGCCGGCUCGACAAGGACAAGGACAAGAAGCCAACUUAAUUUCAACUGUGUGCCAGAAGGUGCCAGAAGUUCUUCCUGUUAUGGGUUAGCUGCUGGAGAGAUGAUCUGGGAAAUCCAACAGAGCAAUACUGAGAUUCACAACACCCUGCAUGCUUUUGGUCGGUCAUCAUCGCUGAAUCCAAGUCAUACAUCCCAGGAGUAUCAUCCUUCCUUUUCUAGAAUGUGUCUCCCCUUUGUACCAGACUCCACCAGUUUGGUAGAAUUCUGGCCCCAGGCUCACCUUGACUUACCUUUAACCUUUUUGGGGGGUUGGGGGGGCAGGCCAAAUACUUGGUGGUGUGUUUGGUUCUCAGUGAAGUCCCUAUCAACUGCAGAUUUUUUUUCUUCCUACUUCCCUUUAGAGUUCUCCUUGUGGGGCUAAAAAUGAAGGCAAACUAUCCUUAUGGGCUGGCAUAGUUUGGGGAAAUAAAUAUGUGGUGUUGUUAUGGGCUG